UGUUUCAAUACAAGAGAACUUACACAUUAUCGAACGUGUUUUGUAAGAGAUACAAUCAUGUUUUAUAUAACUUCCUAUCAGGGCCGGCCUUAGGCCUCCACAGGACUCUUAAACAUUUUUUUAGAGAAGAACUACUUCAACUAGCAAAACUUGUCCUCAAUAUUAUUGUUUGGGUACGCUGUGGCUGUUUUAAAUAAAUUGCGUAGUUUAUUAAGUUUAAUUUUUUUCGUUGUAUAUUAUAUUUUGUAUUUCUUUUGGAGCCACUAAAUAAUAAAUAGUAAAUUAACUUCGCCUAGGUCCUCCAAUAAUCUAAGGCCAGCCCUUUACCUAUGUUCUAUAUAGAUCUACUUAUAGAUUCUAGAUCUAAAUAUUCUUUCAAUGGAGAAACUAAGCUUUCUAGAUCUAAGCUUGCCUUAAUAAUUUAAUACAACUUUGAGAAAAUUCACAAGAAUGUUAGAAAAGAGGUGCAAAGACUACAGGAAGGAAGAUCUCAAUGAGACAUAAAUGAUCUUAAAAAAACUAUCAAGAAUCAUAAAAAGCAGCAAGUAUGCAGACAACUUGCCAUAAUUAGCAAUAAACUCAGUGAGAGGGUUCAAAGACAGGAGAAUGAUCGUCAACACAAAAAAUACAACAUGUGAUGUACUAUCUUCUCACUGCUGUCAACUAGAGGAUUAUAUGUCUACAAAAGAAACUGCAAUUUGUGAAAAAUGAAUACCCAAUGAACAUUCCAGAUUUUAAAGAAUUUGUUUCUCAAUUGAUUACACUGAAUUUCACAACCUCAAGCUAAUAAUGGUAUUUCAAUUUAAAAAGAGAACUGAAAAAUACAAAAGAUAUAAAAGGAAAAAACUACUUCUAUCUCUGGCCAAUUUUGUUUUCAACAAAGAGAAGAUAAUUGUGUAGCAAUAUUAACUAUUAAUAAAGGAGCAUAAUUUAAAUGAAAUGUCAAAAAAAAAUAAAAAAUGAGCAGACUAAUACUGAUAUUUGUGCAAAUGGUUAUUUUAUUUUUAUGUCUGUGAAUUGGUCUUUGACAAGUGUGGACACUAUAUGCCUCACUGAAAAAUGGAAAUCCUACAACUCUGAACUCAAUAUGUUUUUAGUGCCUUCUAAAAAUGAUGUUUCAAAGUCAAUUACUUUUGUAAUUAGAUUUAUUCAAUAAGUUAUUGCCUAGCACAUUUUCUUUUUUUUAAAGAAGCUAUAGAUAGGUUAGUCAAUGUAUUUCCACAUAUUUCAAAGAUGCCACUGCCUCCUUUAAAUAUAGCUGACCUGGUCAUGUGAUAUAUGUAUCUCGUACACCUUCAAUGAAAUUAGAGUAAAACCACAGUUGGAGUGAGACAAGGCUGCCUAUUAUAUUUUCUACAAUAUCUUCCUUGAAAGGAUAAAGGAAGAUGCUCUCGGGGGCUAUAAAGAUUCUGUAAGCAUUGGAGAACGAAACAUUACUAACUUGUCCUUUGCGGACAACAUAGAUGGUCUGGCAGGGACAAAAGAAGAAUUAGAUGACUUGGUGAUGUGCAUAGACAAGACUUCCGCAGCAUAUGGUAUGCAAAUCAAUGUAGAAAAAAAAAAAUUAUGACCAAUAUAAGCCAACAGGACUUUAAAGGGGACAUCAGCAUUGGUGGUGAAAAGCUGACAAGUGUCUGUAGUUUUAUAUACCUUGGAGCUAUUGUCUCAGAUGAAGGAACCAAACCUAAACUACUGGCCUGAAUAGCACAGUUGACAGCAGCACUUUCAAAACUCAAAACAAUCUGGAAAUAGAAAGGCAUAGCCAUCAACACUUAACUCAAACCGAUGCGCUCCCCGGUUAUGACCACAUUCUUAUAUGCUUACGAAUCUUGGACGCUGACUGCAGCAGAUCUCGAGAAGAGGAUCUUAACAAUGGAACUAAGAUGCUAAGGAAAGAUCCUCAGAGCUAGCAAAGACCUUUCUUCAGGGAAAGUAUCAGGAAAAGAAGAAGUGGCAGACAGAGUUCAACAUCAAAGAAUAGACAGGCCCGUCAUUAAAUGAAAUUCCAUCCAAAUUCAAACCCUGUCCACUUGAAAAAGACAGCUGAAAAUGUCACAAGACAGCCCAGAUUACAACACCUAUAGGACUCCACUUGCAUCUCGCUAUGCUAGCACAGAAAUGAAAAUUAAUUUUUCAGAUCAGAAAAAAUUUUCAACAUGGAGAAAGUUAUGGCUUUAUUUGGCUCAGGCCGAAAAGGAACUUGGUUUAGAUAUUACUGAUGAGCAGCUUUCAGAAAUGAGCCAAAAUUUGACUAACAUUAACUACAAGCAGGCAGCAAUGGAAGAGAAAAAAUUCAAGCAUGAUGUAAUGGCUCAUGUUCAUACAUUUGGGGCUGUUUGCCCAAAAGCUGCUCCCAUCAUUCAUCUUGGAGCCACUUCCUGCUAUGUCGGUGACAACACAGAUUUGAUUGUACUCAGGGAUGGAUUUGAAAUACUUAAGCCAAAGCUUGCCACAUGUAUUCAUUUAUUAAGAAACUUUGCUAUGGAACACAAGGAUCUCCCAUGCCUUUCGUACACGCAUUUACAAGCUGCACAAGUUUCUACUGUGGGUAAGAGGGCAUGUAUUUGGGCACAAGAUCUUCUCAUGGAUUUGAAGAACAUGGAAAGAGUCAGCAGUGAACUUCGUUUUCGAGGAGUCAAGGGUACAACUGGCACACAGGCUAGUUUCUUGACUUUAUUCGAUGGAGAUGCUGCCAAAGUUAAAGAGCUGGAUAGGAAGGUUACUGAGCUUGCAGGUUUUAAAAGUCACUUCAUCAUCUGUGGACAGACUUACCCCAGGAAGGUUGACGCAGAGGUUCUGUCUGUUUUUGCAAGUUUUGGUGCCACAGUUCACAAGAUUUGUACUGACAUUAGACUUUUGUCAAGUUUUAAAGAACUUGAAGAACCUUUUGAAGCUGAGCAAAUAGGAUCCAGUGCAAUGCCUUACAAAAGAAAUCCUAUGCGAUGUGAAAGAAUCUGCUCUCUUGCAAGGCUUCUCAUCUCAUUGGUCAUAAACCCUCUACAAACUGCAUCAGUUCAAUGGAUGGAACGUACUUUGGAUGACAGUGCCAACCGCCGUGUUGUUCUUCCAGAAGCAUUCCUUGGUGCAGACGCUAUUCUAAUGACUUUACAGACUAUAUUUGAAGGCCUUGUCGUUUACCCUAAAGUCAUAGCCAAAAGACUGGAAGAUGAACUUCCAUUUAUGGCAAGUGAAAACAUUAUAAUGGCUAUGGUUAAAGAAGGAGGUAACAGACAGGAAUGUCAUGAGAAGCUCCGCAGUCUAGCAUUACAGAGUGCUUCUGUCAUGAAGCAAGAAGGUCUUCCUUGUGAUCUGAUUGCCAGAAUAAAAGAUGACAGCUAUUUUCAGCCCAUUUUGUCAAAACUGGACAGCUGUGUAAAUCCCACAACAUUUAUUGGGAUGUCAUCAAUUCAGGUUAAAAAUUUUAUUGAGGAUGAAGUGGAUGUAGCAUUAAAGAAUUACAAGAACAACUUGGUCAAGUCCGUCAAGCUUGAAAUUUAGCAUGUCAUGCUGUCAGUGAGGUCACAUAGAUUGUUUUGGUUAGAGUAUAAGUGAAUAUUUGAUGAACUAGAAAUGUGAUUGUAAAUGACAUGGUUCAAAGAACAUUUCAGUCUAAAAUUAUCUAGAAUUUAAUGCAAUUCUAUGUUCUGGUUAAAUUCUGUUUAAAAAACAACAACUUUGUUGUGUUCAAUGAAAUGCACAUGCUUCAGUUUGAGGCACAUUAUUUCCAGGGUCUUUUAUUCAGUUUAUAUAUAAACAGAAAUUUUUUCUUUACACAGAUAUUAUUAUUUUUUUUACUGCAACCGUGUUCAGGGUGGAGGGCAUUAAUGAUACUUUCAGGUUAAUUGGGUUUUUAUAAACUUGAUUCCCCUUUGUUUGGAAUAGAAGAGUUUCUAUACUGCCUUGAGUGUUGAAAUGUUGAUAAACUCAAUAAAAUUUACAAUCAGA